AUGCUCGCGCUUCUCCUGACCGUCGCCGCUCUCGGGGCCGCCGCCUUAUUCUUUCUGCAGCUCUACCGUACCGAGUCGCGUCUGCGCACCCCCUGGACGCCCGACCGGUCGUCGCGCCUCUUCGCCCAGCGGCCGCUCCCACCGCCGGUCGAGGGAACGUUCCUGUCAUCACCGCACUAUACGUUGCCGCUGCGCACGCGCGGGCGCGAUGUGGUGGAUGCGCGGGGGCGGCGGUUCAAGCUGGCGAGCGUCAACUGGUACGGGGCGAGCGACGAGCUGAUGGUGCCGGGAGGGCUGGACGUGCGGCACCGGCGCGAGAUCGCGCGGGCCGUGCGCCGGCUCGGCUUCAACUCGGUCCGCCUGCCCUACUCGGACGAGAUGGUGGCGACUAACCCGCCCGUCGACGCCCGCCUGGUGGCCGCCAACCCGGACCUGGCGGGCGCGCGGGCCCUAGACGUCUACGUCGCCGUCGUCGAGGCGCUGACGGCCGAGGGCGUCGCCGUCGUGGUCAACAACCACAUCACGAGCGCGACCUGGUGCUGCGGCGCCGACCCCUGCGACGCCGGCUGGGCCAACGACCACCUGCCGGCCGCCCUGUGCCGCGUCCGCCAGACGGAGGACCAGUGGAUCGAGCACUGGGAGACCGUCAUGGCCAGGCUGGCCGACAACCCGCUCGUCAUCGGCGCCGACCUGCGCAACGAGGUCCGGGGCCUCUGGGGCACCAUGCCCUGGGCGCGCUGGGCGGCGGCCGCCGAGAGGGCCGGCAACCGGCUGCUCCGCAUGAACCCGGACUGGCUCAUCAUCGUGGGCGGCACCGAGUCGCAGAACGACCUGACGGGCGUCGCCACGCGGCCCGUCGUGCUCGACCUCCCCGACCGCGUCGUCUACUCGGCCCACGUCUACUCGUGGAGCGGCUGGGGCAGCUGGGGGGGCCGGUACGCGACCCGGUCGUACCCGAGCUUCGUCCAGUCGGCGCGCAAGAACUGGGCCUACCUGGUCGAGGGGGACGUGGCGCCCGUCUGGGUGGGCGAGUUCGGCGCGCCCCGCUCGCCCGGCCGCGGCGACGCCAACUACUGGAACAACCUGCUCCGCUACCUCAAGACCAUCGACGCCGACUUCGGCUACUGGGCCCUCAACCCGCGCAAGCCCCGGCAUAACGAGACGGAGACGUACGCCCUCCUCGAGGACGACUGGGUCACCCCGGUGCUGGACUACCGGCUGAAGGACCUGACCGAGCUGAUGCGAGCUGGCACCACCACCUGA